CAACAACUCACAAACCCCACCCUCUCUGCAACUAACACUAGUACUGGAGAUCUUCCUCUCCUUUAUACCAAACAAACUUUGAUACCAGCCUGACGCCUACUCGAUACCAGAAUCAUUCACAAAGAUACUUAACCAUUCACUCAGUGCGUGUGCGAUAAAUGAUGGAUGCUAGAAAUCAAGACCCAGAGGAGUUGUAUGUUAAACAAGACAGAAUCGGGAAGGGAUCCUUUGGAGAAGUCUACAAAGGGUAUGACAAGCGAACUCAGAAGACCGUUGCCAUCAAGAUCAUAGAUCUUGAAAGCGCAGAAGAUGAGAUAGAGGACAUUCAGCAAGAGAUCCAGAUCUUAUCACAGCUAGACUCGGCACAUGUCACCAAAUAUCAUGGAUCCUUCCUCAAGGGUUCGAAUCUCUGGAUAGUCAUGGAAUACUGCUCGGGCGGCUCAUGUUCUGAUCUGAUGAAACCUGGCGUAUUUCGGGAAGAGUACAUCGCAAUCAUCGUCCGAGAGCUUCUCCGCGGACUUGACUAUCUGCACACAGAGGGCAAACUCCAUCGGGAUAUCAAAGCUGCCAACAUACUGCUUUCCGCAGGAGGCGAUGUCAAGCUUGCCGAUUUUGGCGUGUCUGGGCAGCUUUCUGGAACGCUGUCUGCCAAGAAGAACACUUUUGUCGGCACGCCAUACUGGAUGUCGCCUGAGGUAAUCAAGCAAAGUGGUUAUGACCAUAAAGCGGAUAUAUGGAGCUUGGGUAUAACUGCAAUUGAGCUGGCAAAGGGAGAGCCACCCUACGCAGAGCUCCAUCCGAUGAAGGUGCUAUUCCUGAUACCCAAGAACCCUCCGCCGCAGCUGGACAGUCACUUCUCCAAACCAUUUCGGGAUUUUGUUGCGUAUUGUUUGCAACGGGAUCCCCGCGAUCGCCCGACGGCACGCGACCUGUUAAAGCACAAGUUUGUUCGUAUGGCGAAGAAGACUAGUUACCUCACAGAACUAAUCGAGAGGCAUGAGCGAUGGAAGGCCGAGGGUGGGGAUCGCGCGGAGGAAGAGGAACAAGUUGAUAGUCAAGAAUUGCCUCCAAACGCUGACCUAGAAGAUCUCUGGGACUUUGGUACUGUCCGACACACAGGUCGGUCGGGGACGAUUGGACGUGCGCAGAACUCGAUCAAGGUAUCUGGUCCCCCCCUAACGUGGGAGAUGAACGGGUCUUCUGGUGAGACGUCGUCGUCGUCGUCGUCAUCUUCUUCCAUCACAGCAAAAAAGGCGUCCGGGUCAUCAAUAAGGUCCAAGACUGAGCUGCCACCGUUGCCUUCGUCCCCACCGCUGGUGUCAGCAUCCACACCACCCGCUCGAGCACCGAGCGUGUAUGAACAAGCUACCGUGAGGCAUAUGCCGAGUGGAGGGCCCAGCGAUAAACAAACGGGCCACAAGCGGGAGUCUUCUGAUGAAGAUUAUGAUAACCAAUACUUGAACACUUAUCCUAGAGGCGCGUCUGUUCACGAGAAACAGGAUGAACCAGAGGACGAUGAGUUACCUGAUACCACUAUGCUUGAUUCUGUCAUAUUACCUGCAAUAGCUUCGCUGUUCCCUCGAGUAUCGACACAGGAAGCGCGAGUCGCGCUGAGCACUCUACAACGGGCAUUUAGUGAGGCUGAGCGCAUCAUUCCAGGUGUAACUAUGGAACUCGUGAACGAGAUCGUAGAUUCCGUGGAGCGAGUGGAGGAUGAUCACCAGCAGUAGGCUAACAUACCACUGACAUUGUGAUAUCUUGGUUUGCAGUCUUUUGAUCCUUGCUUUCGUCGCUACAUUCUUAGGACACUCACCCCACAAAUACGAACAUUCCUACCUACCCCCGCAUAGAUGCACUCACCCCCAUCUUACCACACCAAUCCGUGCUGUACAAUCUUGCCAGCAUAUAUAUCGUGUAGUUCUUAUUAGCAUGAAUGAGGAGUGUGAAGUGCCAAGAAAUACCUAAUUAUAGUCCUUUGUCCACCGGCAAUAUAAACGAUAGGGGCUCAGCGCUCAGCGUCC